AUGCCGUUGAGUUCUUUGAGUAGAUUAGCUAAUAUUAUAUCCUAUAAUAGUCAAGCUUACAGAUAUGGCUUGAAGAUUCACCGAUAUUGUAGAGAAAUUACUCGUCGUUACAAUCAUGCACAUACAGGUUGCUUGACGACCGUCUCUGGCAAUAGCGAAAUAAAAUUUUCUUGUGGUAAGCUUGCAACUAUUGCAGAUGGAUCUGUCCUUGUAGAAACUGGAUCGACCGCAGUCUUAGUUACUGCAGUGAUGAGUCGAGCUACUACUUCCUACGCUGGCUUCGCUCCCUUACGGGUGGAUUAUAGAGAGAAAGCCUCUGCGACUGGAAAGAUACCAGUUAAUUUUUUCAAGCGAGAAUUAGGUCCAAGUGAAAGAGAAAUUCUAGCAAGCAGAAGCAUUGAUCGUUCCAUAAGGUCAUCUUUUCAACGUGGUAUGCCACAAGAAGUGCAGAUUGUAUGUAGCUUGAUGUCUGCUGAUGCCGAACGCGAUACGAUAGUUCCGGCUAUAAAUGGAGGGGCUGUUAGAGUGGGUUAUAUUAAUGAUGAAGUAAUAAUCAAUCCUACGCGAGUUGAGUUAUAUCAAUCGAAGUUAGACUUAGUUAUUGUAGCUUCUGCGAAAGGAUUAGUUAUGUUGGAAGGCACAGCCUCUGAGUUACCUGACGCUGGGGUUUUAAAAGCUAUCACGUAUGGCCUCGAAGAGGCCCAAAAUGUUGUUAAAGCCGUAGAAGAUUUUGGUCAUAGAUAUGGCAAAGAUAAGACUAAUCUAACUUUCUAUAGAUUAGAUGAAAGCAUCAAAGAAGGAGCUUAUAAUCUUAUAGGCGAUCAGAUAAAUGAUAUCAUGCUGGACUUUUCUCAUAAAAAGCUUUCCCGGGAUCGAGCUGCAAGGAAAGUUGUGGAUGAAAAUUUUAAAACUCUCCAAGAAAUGUUUCCAAAUGCUGAUAACUUUCAAUUAUCAGAUUCAUUCAGUUCCGUUACUAAGAGAUGUAUAACUCAAAAUGUGAUGACUAAAUCUAUUCGCUGUGAUGGUCGUGGAUUGAAUGAUUUACGGCCAAUCGAUGCAGAGAUAAACAUUUUUCCAGCCUUACAUGGUUCUUCCCUUUUUAAGCGUGGAGAGAGUCAGUUUCCUCCGUAUGCAAAUAAUGAAAUUGGAAGAGUUAUGGAAAAUUCUAGACGAGAAAUUGGUCAUGGUACUUUAGCAAAGAAUGCUUUACGAUCUGUUGUAUCUGACGACUUUCCGUUUACAGUUCGGUUAACUGGUCAAGUCUUGAUGUCAAAUGGAUCGACAUCGAUGGCAUCUGCCUGUGGUGGAAGUUUAGCAUUGAUGGAUGCAGGAGUACCUAUUUCUCGUCAUAUUGCUGGAGUAGCGAUGGGUUUAGUAGCUAAUCCUAGUGAUGAUGGUUCAAAAUUUAACUAUAAGAUUUUAACUGAUAUUGCGGGUAUUGAGGACUAUUUUGGAGAAAUGGAUUUUAAAAUUGCAGGCUCAAGAGAAGGCAUCACAUCAUUGCAGGCGGAUUUUAAAGUAACAGGAGUCUCUAUGGAACUAAUCGAGGAAGCGAUAAAGAAGUCGGCUGUGGCUAGAGGAAAGGUGCUCGACAUAAUGUACGGCGUAAUAGAUAAGCCACGAUUGGACGUAAAAAGUAGCGCUCCAGUUUUUGACAUUGUUGAUGUGCCUGCGGGUAAGAGGUUCAGUAUAGUAGGUUUAGGCGGUGUCACAAUCAAGGGUUUACAGGAAGAAUACGGGUGUGACAUAAAUUUCGUAGAUGAAGACAAAGUUUCAAUUUAUGCUCCAAGCGCCAAAGCCUUAGCGAAUGUGAAGCAAAGAAUAGAAGAGUUGAUGGCUGAUUUGAAAGAACCAGAUCUUAAAUUCUCUCAAAUCUAUACCGGGAAGAUUGUUGAUAUAAAGAAUUUUGGAGUGAUGUUGGAAAUGGAACCUAAUACUCAACCGAUUCUGUUGCACGUAUCUCAGUUGGAUCAUCGAAGGGUAUCUAGACCAGAAUUACUUGGUUACAGUAUUGGUCACGAAAUGACGGUGAAGUGCUUUGGUCGUGAUCCGAUAACAAACAGAUAUCGGCUAUCAAGGAAGGCACUAUUGCCAGCGCUGUCGAGUUCCAUAUUUCCACCUAACUCAUCCACUGAUCCUAAGAAAAAAGAGACGCCCAGUAAGGAUGACAUCAAAGGGAUGGAAGAGCUGAUCGGUAGCCAUUCUGAACACGAACAGGAACAAUAA